UGGCUGCGGCUCCCACCCCGGCCCCAGCCGCGGCCUGCGCUCUGGGCGCUCCUGCUGUUCCUACUGUUGCUGGCUGCCGCUGUGCCCAGGUCAGCACCCAACGACAUCCUGGGCCUCCGGCUCCCCCCAGAGCCUGUGCUCAACGCCAACACAGUGUGCCUGACAUUGCCGGGCCUGAGCAGGCGGCAAAUGGAGGUGUGUGCGCGUCACCCUGAUGUGGCCGCCUCAGCCAUUCAGGGCAUCCAGAUCGCCAUCCAUGAAUGUCAACACCAGUUCCGGGACCAGCGCUGGAACUGCUCUAGUCUGGAGACUAGAAACAAGAUCCCCUAUGAGAGUCCCAUCUUCAGCAGAGGUUUCCGAGAAAGCGCUUUCGCCUACGCCAUCGCCGCAGCCGGGGUGGUACACGCGGUAUCUAACGCGUGCGCCCUGGGCAAACUGCGGGCCUGCGGCUGCGAUGCAUCCCGGCGUGGGGACGAGGAGGCCUUCCGUCGGAAGCUGCAUCGAUUGCAGCUAGAUGCGCUUCAGCGCGGUAAGGGCCUGAGCCACGGUGUUCCGGAACACCCCGCCCUGCCCCCUGCCAGUCCGGACCUGCAGGACUCCUGGGAAUGGGGCGGCUGCAGCCCCGAUGUAGGCUUCGGGGAACGCUUCUCUAAGGACUUUCUGGACUCCCGGGAGCCUCACAGAGACAUCCACGCUCGCAUGAGGCUGCACAACAACCGAGUUGGGAGGCAGGCGGUGAUGGAGAACAUGAGGCGAAAGUGCAAGUGCCACGGCACGUCGGGCAGCUGCCAGCUGAAGACCUGCUGGCAGGUGACGCCCGAGUUCCGCGCCGUGGGGGCGCUGCUGCGCAGCCGCUUCCACCGCGCCACGCUCAUCGGCCGCCUGUGCAACAAGAGCAGCGCAGGCCCGGAUGGCUGCGGCAGUAUGUGCUGCGGCCGCGGCCACAACAUCCUGCGCCAGACGCGCAGCGAGCGCUGCCAUUGCCGCUUCCACUGGUGCUGCUUCGUAGUCUGUGAAGAGUGCCGCAUCACCGAGUGGGUGAGCGUGUGCAAGUGAGCGGCCUAGGCUCCCGGGGCCCUGGGAAAGCGUUCCCUCCUACAUCCGGGCCCUCUGCCUCUUUCGAUCUCCGGCAAGCACUGCUGCUUCGGCUCUUGGCACAGGAGGUUGGACCGCGGGAUCUUACAGGGUCUGCAGUCAGGGGACAGUCCAGGCCUAUCUGACACCAAGGCUCACUUCUGUGGGCUCUAGCAUUGAUUGCCCCCGCUUCCGUCAAGCUCAGACUGCCCAGUGGGGCUGGAGAAUGCCCCACAUCCUAGCACAGUUGUCAGCCUGGGAGCCCAGCCCCUUCAGCCUGUCUCCUUUCUCCCCUACCCUUAGAGUGGGAGGGAUGGGACCUCAUGAGCUGGGGGAGGAAGAUUAAAACGCAAAAAUGGACAUAGCAAGCUGAAAUGAUUCCAUGAAGGCCCUGGACACCUUGCCCACUGGCCUCUGACCCUUAUUCCCCUCGACAUUCAGGUAUCAGGUAUUUAUUUUGCACUCUCUUGGUGGCGCUCCCUGGGGGAGGAGAGGCACUGGAGACAAGGAUGUGAAUAUGAGUCACAGCACCUGCCUUCUAGGAGUUUACAUUUUGCUGAGGGAGAUGGACAAAACCAAUAAACACACAGUCAUUUCGGACAAUGUUAUGCGCUGUGAAGAAAAUAAAGAAAAUAAAGCAGGGUGCUGGUGCACAGUGCUUUGUGUGUG